AUGACAUUUGAGAAGGGCUACUUUCUCUCCUACUUCCUGCUCUUCUGCGUCCUCUCCCUGGGUUGCAUCCUCGGCUACGCCUUCCGCGGCCGCACCAUCGAGUCCCUCAAGGACGCACUGAACGACGCCCUCGUCCUGUACGGCCGCCGCCGGCUCACCACCGUCUCGUGGGACAUGACCCAGGAGGACCUGCACUGCUGCGGCGUGGACAGCUUCACCGACUGGCGCGAGAAGAUCCCGGACUCGUGCUGUCUGGACGAUUACGGCGGCCGGAAGCGACCCUGCCAGGAGCUGCAGAACUCGCUGACCAUCUUCCGCGGGGGUUGCUUCGAGGCGAUUACGCGGGCGCUGCUCAAAGAUGCGGCCGUUUUGGGUGUGGCCAGCUUGGGGUUGGCGUUCGUGAUGGUUCCGGCGAUCGUGAUGGCGUACUACAUGUUGGCGAUGCUUUGAGUGGGG